CAGACAUAUAUUUGCGUGUGUAACUGCCGGGGCCAAAAAGUUCACGCGAGUCUGCGCGUGUGUUCACCGUUGCUUGCUUAGCAACGGCCCUAGCAACAGCACAAGGUGUUUCGUUAGAGAGCUAGCGUUAGCUCAUGAUAACUUUGCACAGGUACCAAGAUGAGUUCAGCCAAAAAGAAGCCAGAUAUAGCUGAGGGUCUUGCGUUCCUACCACCAGCUCUACCUCAGCUCCACAGAAAACAGCCGUGGAUAGAUACAAAACCUUCAUUUUCGCCGUAUCCCCCACUCAAGCGGAAACGAGUUGGUCUGACUAAAGGAGUGCACAGUAGACCGGUUCAGAGUCAGGGCACAGGUCAGAACGAUCUUGAGAGCAGAACAGCAGAUCAGUUCAACAGAACCUCCAAGCACUGCAUCAGCACCCAUACAGAACUCAUUAAUGAGAAGGGCAAGAUUCUCCGGGAAACUCUGGUUAAAUUCAUAUGCUUGCAAGAAAAAGAGGACAGCCCCGCGCCAACAUUUGGCUCCUCCAAAUCCACAACAAAGACAAAUCGUGGAAAGGGAUAUGAUAACUACAUCCAGAAGGGGAUAGACCUGGAAGAUGUGUCUCCUCUGGAGGACUCUUGGCUGGAGAGCAUUCAGGGAAUGAUACCAUGCCACCUGCAGAGCCUGAGCACACCUUUUCAUCUGCUGGUCGACGAGAUCAGGGAGGAAUACCUGCUCAGCGUCAAGGAAGCAAUCGUGAAAUAUAUAUUUGGAGAUUCAGGGGACAGUGACGAAGACCAAGUGAAAGAUCUGCCCCCUCACAGGCUUGAACUGGAGGUUUUGGAAAAACCAUGGAACAAAGCCUUUGUCCUUGCACGAAAGAAGAUGGGGAAUAAGCUUCACUGCAUCAACCCCACUAUGCUGAAUGUGCUUUACAUUUGGCAUGCAUUUUACAAACAUUUCCGCCUGAUAGAUGUAGAGGAGUUCCACAGCAGAGAGGAGUCCAUGGAGCUCUCGGUGUUUCAGCAAAUUGUCAACAGACAAAUUGACAAUGCCAGAGAAGUCCUCCUCAAAAGCUGGGUUCCCGAAGUGCACAACAUUUACUACCAGGGGUGCAGGUCCCAGCUGGUGCCUGCCUCCAGCAACAUGCCCAAACUGCUGUCUUUCUUCAACUGUGCGGCUACACUGAUGACAAUGCAGCUGCAGAGCCUUGCAAUAGACUCCAUGAGGGACUAUACACGACUCAUUUCCCAAGACCCGAAGUCAGAGCGGGCCUAUGAGCACACGGGCUUUGUGCUGCAUCUGAUCCUGGAGGACGGAGACAUCAAGUUCGAGCCUGAACUCAAACAGUACGAGGAGGCCCUCCUUAACGUCUAUGAGCUCAUGCUCAGGCCUAUCAACAUGGUACCACGAGUGGAAACCAAACUCUACUUUGAGUGGCAAAGCUCCCAGUGUGGAAGCACUCUAAAGCCCAUCAUCCUGCCGGAGAUCCUGGUAGCGCAGCGGGAAGAGGUGCUCCGUGUUUUCCUGGCUGAGUGUGUCAAGCCCAAGGAGUAUGUCCAUGAGUAUGAUAAAUACUCCCCGCUGGUUUCCAGGCAGGCGGAGGAGGAUGUGGAGCAGUUCCUCAGUGAGCAGCACUCCUUCCAGGACAUCAUGGCAGAGGUGGUCCACUACCAGCAGCUUGCUGACCAGAUCCAGUACACAUCGUGCCAGGUGGUGCGCCUCGGCAUGUUUGAGGUUCAGUCCCAGAAGCUCAUCCACUCUCUCGUCAAGCGUGCUGAGGAGCUCCAGCAGAAAAUGGUCACUCGCAUGCUGCAGGACCAUCAGGAGAUCAACAAGAAGCUCUGUAAUGAAUUUGAGAAUAUGGCAGAGAAGGCACUGAGCACACCCAAUGACACGCAGGAGCUGAUGGAGCUUAAGGCCUAUAUGUAUAAAGUGCAGACUGCAGAGCUGCCUCUGUUAGAGCAAAGGUUGACAGACUCCAACACACAACUGUGUUUCCUCAUGGACUUUAUCACCCUCUCACCAUCGGACAUGGAGCUCAACACACAGACCAUCCAGUGGCUUCAGCGUAUGCCAUCCAUCAUUAGGGAACACCGGCAGAUCCUCGCUGAAAAGACAGCGCAAUAUCAGAGUGGCCUUGAGAUGUGCCGCCAGUGCUUUGUGGAAGAACUGGAGAGCUACAGCGCACAGGUGGAGGAGUUCGCCACCCUCAGUGAUCUGACGGAUCUCAACAAGUAUUUGAAGAAAUCCCAGGCCCUCAAUGCUAAACUAGAGUCAGCUCUGGAAAAGAUAAAUGAAUUCAACAUGGAGGAGGAUGCCUAUGGCUGGACUAUUUCCCAGUACCCACAGCGUAAGAAGAUCCACGACAAGCUCACACCCUUUCUACGCCUCUAUGAGACAGGCACUGAUUUCCUAAACCAGUAUGAUCAGUGGCUCCAUGGACCACUCUCGGGUGUGAACCCAGACAAGGUAGAAGGGGAUGUUGGUAACUACUGGCGCAUUCUGUACAAACUGGAGAAAGGCUUCAGUGAUGUUCCCAGUGCCCUGAGCAUAGCCACCAGUAUGAAGACCAAGGUGGAGGACUUCAAAGAAAACAUUCCUUUGGUGCAGGUGCUGUGUAACCCAGGCCUGCGUGAUCGCCACUGGAACGCCAUGGCAGAGGUGUCCGGAAUCUCGCUGCAGCCAGCUGACGAGGAGGCCUGCGUGGAUCAGUUCCUCUCCAUGCAGCUGGAACAGCACCUGGGCAGCUUUGAGGGCAUCAGCGAGGCAGCAGGCAAGGAGUACUCUCUGGAGAAGGCCAUGGAGAAAAUGGCCAUGGAGUGGGGCGACAUGGAGUUCAACCUACUGGCCUACAGAGAGACGGGCACCUCCAUCCUGUCAUCCGUGGACGAGGUGCAGAUGCUGUUGGACGAUCACAUCGUGAAGACACAAACCAUGAGGGGCUCGCCCUUCAUCAAGCCCUUCGAGGUGGAGAUACGGGAAUGGGAGGCCAAACUUCUGCUCCUCCAGGAGAUCAUGGACGACUGGUUGAAGGUGCAGUCCACCUGGCUCUACCUGGAGCCCAUCUUCAGCUCCCCUGACAUCAUGACUCAGAUGCCUGAGGAGGGACGCCGCUUCACAGCUGUGGACAAAACCUGGAGGGAAACCAUCAAACUGGUUUCCCUGGACAUGCAUGUCUUGGCAGUAAUCGCCAUCGACAACAUGCUAGAAAAGCUGAAAAAGUCCAACGAGCUUCUGGAUAUGAUCCUGAAAGGCCUCAACAGCUACCUGGAGAAGAAGCGUCUCUAUUUUCCACGGUUCUUCUUCCUGUCUAAUGAGGAGCUGCUAGAAAUCCUCUCAGAGACCAAAGACCCCACAAGAGUGCAGCCCCAUCUGAAGAAGUGCUUUGAAGGCAUUGCUAGCGUGGUGUUCACCAAAGCGCUGGACAUCACCCACAUGAAGAGCAGUGAGGGGGAAACGGUAGAGCUGCUGGAUGUCAUCUCCACCUCCAAAACCAGGGGCCAGGUGGAGAAGUGGCUCCUGGAACUGGAGAAUGGCAUGAUGGCCUCCCUGCACAAGGUAGUCGGGGAGGCUAUCGAGGCGUACCCCAAAGAUUUGAGGAUCAACUGGGUGCGUGCGUGGCCGGGCCAGACCGUGCUCUGCGUCUCACAGGUCUACUGGACCAAGGAUAUUAAUGAAGCCAUUCAUUCAGGACCAAAGGCCUUAGAUGCCUACCUGGAGCAGAACAACAAACAGAUUGACGACAUCGUCUCACUCGUACGCGGAAAGCUAUCCAAGCAGAACCGGGUGACCCUCGGAGCCCUCGUCGUGCUGGACGUGCACGGCCGGGAUGUGCUCGCUACACUUGUGCAAAAGGGAAUAAAAGACGAGAAUGACUUUGAGUGGCUUAGCCAACUGCGCUACUACUGGGUGGAGAACCAGCUUCAGACUAAGAUGAUCAAUGCCGGUUUGCCUUAUGGUUAUGAAUACCUGGGGAACACUCCACGCCUGGUCAUCACCCCCCUUACUGACCGCUGCUACCGCACUUUGUUUGGGGCCCUUAGUCUCCAUUUGGGAGGGGCCCCUGAGGGCCCGGCUGGCACAGGAAAAACAGAGACGACCAAAGAUUUGGCCAAAGCUGUGGCUAAGCAAUGUGUGGUCUUCAACUGCUCCGACGGACUGGACUACAUCGCUUUGGGAAAGUUCUUCAAGGGCCUUUUGUCCUGCGGAGCUUGGGCCUGCUUUGAUGAGUUUAACCGCAUCGACUUGGAGGUGCUGUCUGUGGUGGCUCAACAGAUUCUCACCAUUCAGAGAGGAAUUACUUCCCACGCUGAGAUACUGCAGUUUGAAGGGAGCGAGCUGAGGCUGAACCCCUCCUGCGCUGUGUUCAUCACCAUGAACCCCGGAUACGCUGGACGCUCUGAGCUACCGGACAAUCUCAAGGCUCUGUUCAGGACCGUGGCCAUGAUGGUACCAGACUACGCAAUGAUCGCAGAGAUCGUGCUGUACUCGUGUGGCUUUGUGACCGCGCGGCCCCUGUCGGUGAAAAUCGUGGCUACAUAUCGCCUCUGUUCGGAGCAGCUGUCCAUGCAGCAUCACUACGACUACGGGAUGAGGGCCGUCAAGUCUGUGCUCACUGCUGCUGGAAACCUCAAGCUCACUUAUCCCGAAGAGAAUGAAGACACCCUGCUGCUGAGAUCCAUUAUUGAUGUCAAUCUGCCCAAGUUCCUGUCCCAUGAUCUGAAGCUGUUUGAGGGUAUCACGUCUGACCUCUUCCCGGGGGUCCAGCUUCCAACACGAGACUACAAGAUUCUGAUAGAGGCCAUCGAGGAAAACUGCCAGCGCAUGAACCUGCAAGUCACAGAGUUCUUUGCUGAGAAAAUCCUACAGAUCUUUGAAAUGAUGAUAGUGAGGCACGGCUUCAUGGUGGUGGGCGAGCCCUUCGGAGGAAAGACCUGCGCCUAUCGUGUGCUGGCGGCAGCCCUUCACGAUGUCUAUGAAAAGGGUUUGAUGGAUGAGAACCAGGUGCAGAUCACUGUUAUUAAUCCCAAAUCCAUCACCAUGGGCCAGCUGUACGGCAACUUCGACCCCAUCUCUCACGAGUGGUCCGACGGCAUCCUCGCCAUCAGCUACAAAUCCUUUGCUUCCUCCCAGAGCCCCGACAGAAAAUGGCUUAUCUUUGACGGCCCGGUGGAUGCGGUGUGGAUCGAGAACAUGAACACGGUGCUCGACGACAACAAGAAGCUGUGUCUGAUGAGCGGCGAGAUCAUUCAGAUGUCACCGCAAAUGAGCCUCAUCUUUGAGCCCAUGGACCUGGAGGUGGCGUCGCCUGCCACGGUGUCUCGCUGUGGUAUGAUCUACAUGGAGCCUCAUAUGCUGGGCUGGCGGCCCCUUAUGCUGUCCUGGUUCAAUACCCUGCCCGCCACAGUCAAUGCAGCGCACAAAGAGCUCAUCACUGGCCUUUUCGACCGCAUACUGCCAGCCUGCCUUCUGCUCAUUCGAAAGGCCACCAAGGAGCUGUCCCCGACCUCUGACACCAAUCUAGUGAAGUCCCUGAUGAAUCUGAUGGACUGUAUGAUGGAUGAGUUCCAUGAUGAAGCAAAGAUGAAGAGCAUGCAUGAAAACGAUGUUUGCUCCUGGUUGGAGGGAAUCUUCGUGUUUUGCCUGGUGUGGUCAGUGGGUGCCAGCUGUGAUGAUCCAGGACGGGUCAAGUUUGACGCCGUGGUCAGGGAGGUACUGAGCGGCCCUUUGAGUGAGGAGACCUGCACUCUCCAUGGCAUCCUGGCCACCGUGGAGGCUCCAGCCAAACAGUUCACAGUGCCACUGCCCUCGGAGGACACAGUCUACCAGUAUCGCUUCAUUAAAGAGGGUCCGGGCAGGUGGGAGCUGUGGACCGAUCAGCUGAAGGCGGCUCCCCCCUUAUGCAAAGACAUGCAGUUCAAUGAGAUCAUCGUGCCCACUGAGAACACGGUGCGCUACAUGGCACUGAUGGAGCUCCUCAUCACCCACCAGAAACCCACCAUAUUCAUCGGCCCCACCGGGACUGGCAAGAGUGUCUACAUCACAGACUUUCUCUUGAACCAGCUGAAGAAGGAUGUCUACAGCCCAUUAUUCAUCAACUUCUCAGCCCAGACCACAGCGGCACAGACACAAAACAUUAUUAUGUCCAAGCUGGAUAAGCGGCGCAAAGGAGUCUUUGGACCCCCUUUGGGAAAGAAAAUGGUGAUAUUUGUGGAUGAUGUGAACAUGCCGGCCCGGGAGGUUUACGGUGCCCAGCCCCCCGUGGAGCUGCUGCGCCAGUGGCUGGACCACUGGAACUGGUACGACCUGAAGGACUGCUCCAUGAUCAAGCUGGUGGACAUCCAGGUCAUCUGCGCUAUGGGACCACCGGGCGGAGGGAGGAACCCCAUCACGUCUCGGUACCUGCGCCACUUCAACAUGAUUACCAUUAAUGAUUUUGAUGAGAAGACCAUGUAUACAAUCUUCUCUAGGAUCUCAGACUGGCAUUUCAGCAUACGGUUUCCUUUCCCCAAGCUAUUUGCAGCUCUGACCUCUCAGAUCGUUAGGGGCACCAUGUCAGUGUACGAAGAAGCCACCAAGAACCUGCUCCCAACGCCCACAAAGUCCCAUUACUUGUUCAAUCUGCGCGAUGUCUCCAGGGUCAUCCAAGGCAUCUGCCUGUCGCGUCCAGAGAGUGCAGAUAACCCAAGCGUGAUAAAACGGCUCUGGGUGCAUGAGGUGCUGAGGGUUUAUUAUGAUCGUCUGGUCCAAGACUCAGAUCGCUCCUGGCUUGUAAGCCACUUACAGGUGGUGUCUCAGAGCCACAUGAAGGAAGACUUCCAUCAGCUCUUCCAGCAUCUUGACCAGGAUCAAGACGGGAAGGUCACAGAGGACGACCUGCGCAGCCUCAUGUUCUGCGACUUUCACGACCCUAAGGGCGACGACCGCAACUACCGCGAGGUGAACAACCUGGACCAGCUCCGUCAGGUGGUGGAGUCACACCUGGAGGAGUACAACAACGUCAGCAAAGCGCCCAUGAAUCUGGUGCUCUUCCGCUUCGCCAUCGAACACGUGUGUCGCAUCUCUCGCAUUCUGAAGCAGCCGAGCGGCCACGCCCUGUUGGUGGGCGUGGGCGGGAGCGGGCGGCAGUCUCUCACACGGUUGGCUGCCCACAUGGCAGAGGCGGAACUUUUCCAGGUGGAGAUUUCCAAGACCUAUGGAACCACAGAAUGGCACGAUGACCUGAAGCUCAUUAUGAUGAAGUCCACACAGGGGGAAGCUCAUGGCGUUUUCCUCUUCACGGACACUCAAAUCAAAAUGGAGUCAUUCUUGGAGGACGUUGGUAACCUGCUCAACACCGGUGAGGUGCCUAACCUGUUUGCCGUUGACGAGAAGGCGGAAAUGUGUGAGCGAAUGCGCGUGUUGGACCGCCAACGAGACCGCGACAAGCAGACAGAUGGCAGCCCCCUUUCUCUUUUCAACAUGUUUAUAGAGCGCUGUCGCACACAGCUGCAUGUGGUGUUGGCCAUGAGUCCCAUCGGAGACGCCUUCAGGAACCGUCUGAGACGUUUCCCCGCCCUCAUUAACUGCUGCACCAUUAACUGGUUCCAGACCUGGCCAGAGGAUGCCCUGCAGGCGGUGGCCUGUCGCUUCCUGGAGGAUGUUGAAAUGACCGAUGAGUCCCGAGAAGGCUGCAUCAACAUGUGCAAGAGCUUUCACACCUCAACCAUAGAACUCUCCCAUCGCUUUAUGAACGAGUUGCAGCGCUACAACUACGUCACCCCAACCUCAUACCUGGAACUCAUUAACACUUUCAAGGCUCUGUUAAAUACCAAAAGAGCUGAGGUGAUGAAAAUGAAACGUCGCUAUGAGGUGGGCCUGGAGAAGCUGGAGUCAGCAGCAGAUCAGGUGGCCUCCAUGCAGGUGGAGCUGGAGGCGCUACAGCCGCAGCUGCUCGUGGCCAGCAAGGAGGUGGAUGAGAUGAUGGUGGUGAUCGAGCACGAGUCUGUGGAGGUGGCUGAGACCGAGAAGGUGGUGAAAGUGGACGAGGCCGUGGCCAACGAGCAAGCCAUGGCUGCCAAAGCCAUCAAGGACGAGUGUGAUGCUGACCUGGAGGAAGCCAUGCCCAUCCUGGAGUCGGCGCUGUCUGCCCUGAACACUCUCACCAAUCAGGAUAUCACAGUGGUGAAGUCCAUGAAAAGCCCGCCCCCAGCUGUCAAACUGGUGAUGGAGGCGAUCUGCAUUCUCAAAGGCAUCAAGCCAGACCGCGUACCGGACCCCUCCGGCUCUGGUAAAAAAGUGGAGGACUUUUGGGGCCCGGCCAAAAAGAUCCUGGGAGAAAUGAAGUUUCUCCAAAGCCUCCAUGAAUAUGACAAGGACAACAUCCCACCCAGUUACAUCGCCAUCAUCCGCAACAAGUACAUCACCAACCCAGACUUUGUACCGGAGAAGAUCCGAACUGCAUCCACUGCAGCUGAAGGCCUGUGUAAGUGGGUCUGCGCCAUGGACAAGUAUGAAAAGGUGGCCAAGACGGUGGCUCCCAAGAAGGAGAAGCUGGCGCAGGCUGAGGGGGAGCUGCUUGUGGCCAUGACAGGCCUCCAAAAAAAACAGGCUGCCCUCAAAGAAGUCCAGGAUAAACUCGCAAAACUUCAGGAGACGUUCGAAGCUAACAAGAACAAGAAAGUUGAACUGGAGAAUCAGGUGGAUCUGUGCAGUAAGAAGCUGGAGCGAGCGGAGCAGCUUAUUGGAGGCCUGGGUGGAGAGAAGUCACGCUGGAGCGAAAUGGCCUUCAAUCUCGGAGAGCUCUACAACAACCUGACCGGGGACAUCCUGAUCUCAGCGGGCAUCGUGGCUUACCUGGGAGCCUUCACCUCCAGCUACAGACAGGAUCAAACGGAGGAGUGGAUGGAUCUAUGCAAGAGCAGAGAGAUCCCCUGCUCCCCCAACAUGUCCCUGAUGAACUCUCUGGGCGAUCCAGUAAAGAUCAGAGCCUGGACCAUCGCUGGCCUCCCAUCAGACAGCUUCUCCAUAGACAACGGGAUCAUGAUCUCAAACGCCAGGCGGUGGCCCCUGAUGAUUGAUCCCCAGGGCCAGGCAAACAAGUGGGUGAAAAAUAUGGAGAAGGCCAACAGUCUGCAUAUCAUUAAACUGAGUGACGGUGACUUUGUACGCACUCUGGAGAACUGCAUCCAGUUUGGCAACCCAGUGCUGCUGGAGAAUGUAGGCGAGGAGCUGGACCCCAUCCUGGAGCCUCUGCUGCUGAGACAGACCUUCAAACAGGGCGGGGCCAUGUGUAUCCGCCUGGGAGACUCCACCAUCGAAUACGCUCCAAACUUCCGCUUUUACAUCACCACCAAGCUACGCAACCCACACUACCUGCCAGAAACCUCCGUCAAGGUCACCCUUCUAAACUUCAUGAUCACCCCUGAAGGCAUCCAAGACCAGCUGCUUGGUAUCGUGGUGGCUCGGGAAAGGCCUGACUUGGAGGAAGAGAAACAGGCUCUUAUCCUGCAGGGAGCAGAGAACAAAAGACAACUAAAGGAGAUCGAGGACAAAAUCUUAGAGGUGCUCUCCUCUUCCGAGGGCAACAUCCUGGAGGACGAGACGGCCGUCAAGAUCCUCUCCUGCUCGAAAGUGCUGGCCAAUGAGAUCUCAGAGAAGCAAGCUGUGGCCGAGGUGACGGAGCAGAAGAUCGACGAGACUCGCAUGGGCUACACCCCCAUCGCCAUGCAUUCAGCCAUCUUGUUCUUCUCCAUCGCUGACCUUGCGAACAUCGAGCCCAUGUACCAGUACUCCCUCACCUGGUUCAUUAACCUCUUCAUCAGCUCCAUCGACAACUCAGAGAAGAGUGAAGACUUGGUGCAGAGACUGCAGAUCCUGAGAGACUACUUUACAUACGCGCUAUACGUCAAUGUGUGUCGCUCUCUGUUUGAGAAGGACAAGCUGCUCUUCUCUUUCUGCCUCAGUGUCAAUCUGCUCAUGCAUAGAAAGGAGGUGGAUGAGGGGGAGUGGCGCUUCCUCCUCACAGGUGGUGUGGGUCUCGACAACCCCUACUCCAAUCCCUGCACCUGGCUCCCUAAAAAGUCCUGGGACGAGCUUUGCCGCCUGGAUGAGAUGGAGUGCUUCAAAGGUCUGCGUAAAGACAUGGCUCGCCUCAGGGGCGAGUGGAAGACAGUGUACGACAGCUCAAGCCCCCAUCAGACUCCCUUCCCUGAUGAGUGGCAGGAGAAGCUGAGCCAGUUCCAGAGGAUGCUGGUAAUCCGUUGUCUCAGGCCAGACAAGGUUGUUCCCAUGGUGCAGGAAUUUGUUUCCGACAGUUUGGGUCGCCCGUUCAUCGAAGCACCGCCCUUUAACCUGUCCAAAGCCUUCGUUGAUAGCCACUGCUGCGCCUGCCUCAUCUUCAUCCUCUCUCCUGGCUCAGACCCUAUGGCUGCGUUGCUAAAGUUCGGAGAUGAAAAGGGCUUUUCAGGGAACAAGCUGAGUUCCCUCUCCCUGGGCCAAGGCCAGGGUCCUAUUGCCAUGCGUAUGAUCGAGGCAGCCAUUAAAGAGGGCACCUGGGUGGUUCUUCAGAACUGCCACUUGGCCACUUCAUGGAUGUCAACACUGGAGAGAGUUUGUGAGGAGCUAAUCCCAGACACCACCCACCCAGACUUCAGGCUCUGGCUGACGAGCUACCCGUCUCCCAUCUUCCCCGUGGCCGUGCUCCAGAAUGGGGUGAAGAUGACCAAUGAGGCUCCGAAGGGCCUCCGCGCCAACAUUGCACGCUCCUUUUUAAUGGACCCCAUCUCUGACCCGGAGUUCUUUGGCAGCAGCAGCAAGCCGGUUGUGUUCAAGAAACUACUGUACGGCCUGUGUUUCUUCCACGCCCUGACCCAGGAGAGGAGGAAGUUUGGACCUAUAGGCUGGAACAUUCCGUACGAGUUCAAUGAAACCGACCUCCGGAUCUCUGUACAGCAGCUACACAUGUUCCUUGAACAGUACGAGGAAGUGCCGUUUGAUGCCAUCCGCUACAUGACUGGCGAGUGUAACUACGGAGGCCGUGUGACAGAUGACUGGGACAGAAGGACCCUGCGCACCAUCCUCUCUAUCUUCUACACUUCAAAGGUCGCCACGGACCCUGACUACAAGUUUGAUCCCAGCGGGCUCUACUAUGCACCAGCUGAGGAGGAGUACAACAGCUACCUAGAGUACACCAAGGCGCUGCCGCUCAACCCGUCACCGGAGAUUUUUGGCAUGAACGCCAACGCGGAUAUCACCAAGGAUCAGGUUGAGACUCAGCUACUAUUCAACAGCAUCCUGCUCACUCAGUCCCGCUCUUCAGGCGGGGACGCCAAAUCCUCAGAUGACAUGGUCUUUGAUGUGGCAGCUGACAUCCUGAGCAAGCUGCCUGCAGACUUCGACUUGGAGGCUGUGAUGAGGCGCUUCCCCACCACCUACAAUCAGAGCAUGAACACAGUGCUGGCGCAGGAGAUGGGCCGCUUCAACAACCUGCUCAGCGCCAUCCGAGCCUCAAGCAUCAACAUCCAGAAGGCCAUAAAGGGGCUGGUGGUGAUGUCUUCAGAGCUGGAGGAGGUGGUCAGCAGCAUUUUGACAGGUCGUAUCCCGGGCAUGUGGAUGAAAAAGUCGUACCCCAGCCUCAAACCCCUGGGAAGCUACGUCAAUGACUUCCUGGAGCGGCUUACGUUUUUACAGGACUGGUAUGACCACGGCACCCCAGCUGUUUUCUGGGUAUCAGGAUUCUUUUUCACCCAGGCCUUCCUCACAGGCAGCCAGCAGAACUAUGCCAGGAAACACACCGUCCCUAUCGACUUACUCGGCUUUGACUUUGAAGUCCUGGACGACCACCAAUACAAACGGCCCCCAGAGGAUGGUGUGUACAUCAGAGGUCUGUUUCUGGAUGGUGCCCGCUGGGACAGGAAGGCCCGACUCCUCGCUGAGUCCUACCCCAAAGUGCUGCACGACCCCAUGCCUGUGAUGUGGCUGAAGCCCCUCAAACGUCAGGACAUCCCCCAGAGGAUGUGCUACGUGUUGCCCGUCUACAAGACCAGCGAGCGGCGCGGCACCCUGUCCACCACCGGACACUCCACCAACUACGUCAUCGCCAUGACGCUCAACACCAACGUAGCGGCUGAACACUGGAUCCGACGAGGCGUAGCGCUGCUCUGCCAGCUCAACUCCUAGGCUCAGUUUGUCUCACACACAUGCACUGACAGCUCAUCAAAUAAGAUUGAAAAGUGUCUAUUUUACACAGCAAGUAUAGUUUGUACUGUUCUCAAACAGAAGCACUAGUUCCUAUCUUUAUUGUCUUGUUCGAGAAUGUAUUAACAAAAAGGUAGUGUCAAAGUUAACCUUAA